AUGGAUGUUGACGAGAGAAAGCUGAGAACUGAGAUCUCAGAUGUCUUAGGCAUAAAUUACCUAGCGGAGGCAACUGAACAUGAUGCAAAGAGACGGGUCGAUGCCGUAGAUGGUUAUUGGUACGGCAGGGCGCGUCGCGCAAUGGUUCCAUCUGUCGUCAGCAACGGCGAUGGCGACGGCAAAAAGGCGUAUUGGGUGCAUUUCAUUGUGGACACUGAUGCCCCUUCAACGUUCCUUUCCGAGGGGGUGUGUGAGAUCGUCGGCCUCAGAAAAGAAGACAGCUAUGCCACCAUUGUUGGAUGCUACCUACCAAUCCGAAUGUCGCCUCCAAAGUCCCACUUUUCUGACAUCAGUAUUCUAGGUGUCGACUUUUGCGAUGGUCUCAAGUUUACAGCAAUGUACCUGGGUAAUGGAAAGAUGAAAUACUUGUUCAAAGACCGCUGGAAUGGGAUGCCUGAGCCAUAG